AUGACCACCAGCGGCACGGACGUGGACUGUGAGGGGUGCCAGUGCCACAGCGAAGACAAGCGCACCGCCAUCCUCUACACCCUCCUCAGCCAGAACCUCAACCACAGCCGGAGCAGCCGCAGCCCAGCCCACCAGCGCUGCCUCUGCCACCAGCGCCGGACUGUCUGCCUCCGCACACCCCAUGUCACCUGCCAGGCAGCCUCCAAUGUGCUGGUAAAAACCAUCAGCUUCAUGAAAAACCUCCCUUCCUUCCACCUGCUGCCGCGAGAGGAUCAACUCCUGCUGCUCGACAGCUGCUGGGUUCCCCUCUUCCUCCUGGGGCUGGUCCAGGAGAUGGUGACCUUCGAGGUGAUGGAGACCCCGGCCCCCAGCAUGCUCAAGAAGAUCCUUCUCGAUGGCCAAAGCAAACGUCAAGAGCCCGAGCCGAUGCAGCCCACGCUGGCUGCUGUGCAGCGCCUGCAGUGCUGCCUGAACACCUUUUGGAGCCUGGACCUGAGCCCCAAGGAAUACGCCUAUCUGAAGGGAGCCAUCCUCUUCAAUCCCGAUGUCCCCGGGCUGAGGGCCUCCCUGUACAUCGAGAGCCUCCAGCGGGAAGCCCAGAGAGCACUUCAGGAGGUCCUGCAGCCCCUGCACCCCGAGGACCAGGGCCGCUUUGCCCGCAUUUUGUUGAUUGCCUCCACCUUAAAAUCGAUCCCUCCUGCCCUCAUCACGGAUCUCUUCUUCCGACCCGUCAUCGGCAACGCGGACAUCGUCGAGCUCAUCGCGGAAAUGCUGUACGAAAUAACUGUCGGGCAGCUGGCUCCCGUGGCACGUGUGGCGUGCUGA